AUGUUCUCCUGCUGCUGCGCCGAUACUGCCGCCCGCGGCGACCUCCAGACGGAGGAAAAGGCUGAGGCUUUGGAGGGGACCCAGGGGCCCCAAGGAGCCUCGGCGUCAGCAGCAGCAGCAGCUCCAGCAGCAGCAGCAGCUCCAGCAGCAGCAGCAGCAGACGCACAGGGCGACAGCAGCAGCAGCAGCAGCAGCCAACCCCAGGACAACCAGACCACCCCUGCAGCAGCAGCACCAGCAGCAAAUGAUGCCCCAGUAGGAACGGGACACAAGUGGGAACCCCCAGCAGUUACGAAAGAAGAGGCUCCAGUCAAAAAGCCCAUGACGGCCCCAACUUCGCAACGCGCAAGGCGUACCUCGGUCCCGCUUGAGGCUCCCAUAGAGGACGGCGUGUUCCUUAUGUACGACAAAAGCACCGACACCAUCUACGCGCAGUGGAGCACAAGUCCCCAACUAAAUGCUUUGGCCUGGCUCAAACCCCUAGUGGCAAUCCCGGGACAUAAAUAUAAAGUCAACGGAGGGAGACAAACCCUUUUUACAAAGGCCGUGGAAAGCAACCGUUUUUGCGAGGGUUUCGUGAAGUUCAUAACAAUUGCAAAUGAAUAUCCCUCGAAGAUGAUGCUGCUGGAGAACUUCGAGGCAGCGGAGGCGCCGGGCGUGCAGGUGCUGCUGCUGAUCGCUGCUGCUACUGCUGCUGCUGCAGCAGCAGAGUCGCAGUGCGUCGUGCAGCCCCUGGACUGCUACAACAAACUCUACGACUUCAAAAACACUAAAGCUGUUGCUGUUGUGCCCCUCAGCAGCACUCUAAUUCCUUUAAAUGAAGCUGUGGGGCCCCAGAAGUUUUUGCAAAUGGGCCGUGGAGAAGGUGCUGCUGCAACAAUUCAAAUUCCGAAAUGA